AUGGAUACAUUGAAAAUAAUCCAAGAUAAAAAAGGUACCCGAAUCCAUUCAAAGGAAAAUGCUCGGGCUGAUAUUAUCCGGGCAAAACUCAUUCAGGAUUUUAAUCUGUUGGAUCAUUUACAAGGAUUGGUCAUCAAUGAUCCCAAAUAUAACAUGAAUGAUGUUAAAGAUCCAAACAAGUUGAACAAGUUGAUAAUUGAAGAUCCUCUACAGCUGGUGCGCUUUGAUUUAAAUCCAGUUCGAAAUGUAAAUAUCUCCUCAAACCACAGACAGAGAAACCGUCUUCAGUAUCGCUAUGUCAAGUACCCACCACUCAACAUGUGGGCACAAUGGAUCCUGGAAAGUUCAUUUUUCAGAAACCUUAUUCUGUAUCUCAUUAUCCUCAACAGUAUUGUAUUUGGUGUUUUAGUAGAUGUCUCUCACAAACCAGGGCUAAAGUUUCACGUCAUAACAACCAUGUUAGUGAUCAUCGACUGGUGCAUUCUUUCAGUUUUGACAAGUGAAAUCUUACUCAGGUGGCUGUAUGAUUUUGUGAAUUUUUGGAAAAGUGGCUGGAACGUGUUUGACUUGACUGUACUAAUUACGUCUCUAGUCCCAGAGGUUGUCAAAUGGGCUCAUCUCAAAACCAGCAUUGAACUUCACUUCUUAAGAGUUAUUCGAAUCUUCAGAGCUUUGCGUUCUUUGAAAAUGAUGAGAAGAUUUCAUCAAGUGCGGUUGAUUUUAUUGUCUAUGACGAAAGCAUUCAGGGCAAUGUCAUUCAUCGUGCUGUUAGUGUUGAUAUUUGCUUACAUGUUUGCAGUAGUUGGAGUGCCAUUUUUUCGUAAUUACACAGAAUCUGAUGAGCAAGGACUUAUUUAUCACUCAGCUUUUAGGGGUAUCCUCAACACAUUGCAGACCCUUUUCCAAUUAUUUACCUUGGACCAUUGGCACGCUCUGCUUCUCGAUAUAUGGCAAGUAAAUGAAGUUGACAAAGUUGCAACUGGGAUAUAUAUAAUGCUCUGGAUCCUGAUUGGCUCCUUCAUAUUCAGAAAUAUAAUUGUAGGGAUAAUGGUGAGCAAUUUUCAGACCAUAAGGAAAGAUCUAGCAGCACAAAUUAAGCAACUUGAAGCCCAAAGAAGAGCAGACCAUUUUAAACUACAGAUUAUGCAGAGGCGGUUGAGCCAGCAAAUGAGCUUGAAAGAUGUUCUGAGCAAAGUAUGUUCAGUGAAAAGGGGAGACAACUUGAAUGUGGACAAAUUGACUUAUAACAGAGUACAUUGCAUCUUUCAAUUUCUACUACUUACUUCAUGCAGAGAUAGAGUGUCAGAUUCUGAGAUAAAUCAUCCAAGCGAAUUAGAUUUUAUAACAAGCAGCCAUGCAAGUCAUUCAAGUUCUGUGUCUUAUAAACCUACACCUAAAGACUGGGAGAGCUACGUUCGUAAAAAUAUAAAGCUGAUGAAAAGUAACGCGGCAAGAGAGAAGGUCAUCUGGCCAAGGGACUCAUUGUUUCAUUACUAUGAACUACUCGAACAAAUUCAAUACAAUCUGGAGGAACGGAAGAAACUACAAUUUCUUGCAGGUCAGGCCCUCCUGAAUAUGCAUGAUGUGUAAAAAGACUUCAAGAUGGAGGCAACCAAAAUGUACACUCAAGAAUGUAAAAUAUAUUAAUUGUAAACUCUGUAGCAACAAUGUUUGUUAAAUAAGUUCUUACCAAAAUCGCAACUUAACCAUUUCAAUUCAACUUGAUACCCUGUUUAUUUUAUUUUCACUUUCACUCUUGCUGCUAUAAUUUUUCAGUUAUUUCCUUCGCUUGAGUUGCACAAAGAAUUUUGGUUGAGGUUCUGAUGCAGGUGAAGGGGCAACAUGCUUGUUUCCUGCCUCUAUUUGGGAAGGCCCAAGCCUCCACUUGGCAUUUCCUUUUAUGCUGUAACUCAGGAAUGAUGGACCCAGUGACACACUCGGCUGAAUUUUUUACUCUUACUGGCAGGCAGAAAAUGGGUGUUACCAGAUUGACCAGUUGAUUUGCAUUGUCAGUGGAAAUUAAAUUUGGGUGCGGUGCCAAACAGAUGGCUGAUCUGCUCCUGCCUCUUUUACACCGGAUGGUGAAAGUGAAAAUUCAACCAGUCUGUGCAGUACUUUUCUGAGAGAAAGAUAUACACUUUCCAGAAAAAAAUAAGCAAUAAAAACUGGGAAGUAAGAAUACUGGUCUGAACUGGUCUUGUAUACUUUAAAAUGGAUCACGAGUAAAAACUGGGAAAUAAGAAAACUGGUCUGAACUGGUCUUGUAUACUUUAAAAUGGACCACGAGUAAAAACUGGGAAAUAAGAGUACUGGUCCGAACUGUUUUUCCCUUCUGGGAUGGCACUAUAGGGGUUGCAGAAAGAGCUGCAAAAAUGAGCCCCCAUUGUAAAGAGGAUGAGCUAAGAAGGAAAUUUGGAGAAGCUCAACCUCUGGAGUCUAGAAAAUGAAGGCUAAGGGUAGACUUCAUUGAGGUACCCUAAUUACUAAAUGGCAUAAACUAUUACCUUAAGGCAAGCCAAGAAAGUAAGAUCAGAGGGCAAAACAGCAUCCUGCUUUCUGUGGUGCUCCUCAAGAAGUCUCCAAGGUUGGCAUAACAGUGCAUGCCGAGCAGGAGAUAAAAAAGUGGAAAUGUGGAGCAUUGUUAAAAAGGACAAGAUUUUGAGAGGUUAGAGGUUUCUGAAAACAGGGAAAAGGUACAAGAUGAUAGGGUGAAGGCUAUUCUAGAGGACAAGACAUCAGAAAUUAAACAAAGGCCACCAAAAAAUGGAAUAAAGGGACAAGGAACAACAAACUGCUGCAGGAAUACUGUACAGUAGAGGGGUUGUGCUUGCUUGUGGGGUCAGAAGGUAAUUGGGAUGGGUUCUGGAGGAUAGAGAGAGGUUCAUGUUACCAUCAAGCAUGGGAAUAGAAAUUUAUAUUAGUGAAAAGUAUAUUUAAAGUAUUUGUGAGAAACUUUUUAUUCAAAGGAUGAAAAACACUUUGUAUAGAUUACCAGGCAGUUUAGUGGAGACAAAAACAGUAAAAUGGUUUCAGAUAUAACAUCGUAAUGAGAGAAUUAUAGUGGAGAUUCAAUGGGGCAAGAUGCUUUUUAUAAUCCUUGACUUCUUUAUAAUCUUAUAUUGACCUAGAAUUUGCAGUUUUUAAUGGCGUCAUACCCAUGAAAUCCUGUAAUUGCAGUCUAUCAUUUAUUGCUCUGCCACUAGCUGUACUGUGGAUCCCAAUCACCACAAUUCCCCAAAUUCCCAACCCAAGCCAGCAAUCAGUGAAAUCAGUUGAUCUCUCAUAUUGCUUUUAGUAGCUCUGGAAAAAGUUAAGGCUAGUUGAAUGAGGUACAACUAUAGUUUUUAACAUUGACCGUAGUUAUAACUAUUGCUGAACAACUGACCUGGCCCUCAAAAAAUGUGGAAUGUUGAUAAAUAUCUCCAUUAUGAUUAAUUACUAGAUUUUUUCAAUAGCUAAAGAUGAAAUUUAAGUUUUUUGUGGUAUUUCAGCUUCUACCUCUAUGCAAAAUGUUUACAAUGUGAUUUGAUUAUUUGUGCAUUUUUCUUCCUGAAAGGCUGGCUGUGAGAAUUCUGUAAUAUGAUUGGCUGCAUGGACAGCUUAAUGAUGUCACUCAGUGCUGGGAAUGCCCAUUAAAGAACGCUAAGAGUUAAAAGUUCUCACCACAGAGAUGGAUAGAUUUCUCAGCAAGGCUUUAUUCAAUGUCAAAGGCGAGCACCCUUGCUUUGUCACUGACAAUCCAACCCAUUAUCUUUCUGAAUUCCUUAGAAUGAGCAUUAUGUUAUCAAUCAUCAAUAUACCACACAUUUGGGAAGAGAAAACAGGUCACAAUGAUGGACAAUGUUUUGGAAAAACAGAAAACAUAAUCAGUGACUAUAACAUUUUACACAAAGCCACAUGAUGUAAAUGGAAAAAUACAAGAAUUUAAAUGGUCUUUGCAGCAGGAUUACACGACAUGAUAAACUAAUUAAAAUAAAGGAUUAAA